AUGGAGGAUUUCAGAUCUAAGUCAUGUAGAGAUGGGAGGAUGGAGGUUUACUAUGGAGGCAAGGCAGCUCCAACAAACAUGCAGAAUCUAAGGAGUUUCAGUACCAAUUAUGCAGGUUCUUGUGUUUCUCAGCCAAACAAUCAGAUGGUUAAGGAUGUGAAGGUCAAGAAAGGGAAGAGCAGUUUGGGGUCCACCUCAAGGAGCUGGAGCUUAACUGAUCCAGAGUUGCAGAGGAAGAAGAGGGUUGCUGGCUAUAAGGUUUAUACUGCAGAGGAGAAGAUGAAAGGGUCUCUGAGGAAGAGCUUUAGGUGGAUCAAGAACACCUACACCCAAGUAGUCUAUGGCUGGAAAUAA